GUGCUCUUUCUCCGUUUGUGUGUGUGUGUGUUUUUGGACCAGCUGAAAAUGGCGGCCCGGAGCGUCGAAUCCGUGUAACUUUAUCACAAUCAUAAAUACAGCAAUAAACGCAGCGGGGAUAAUGUAACAUGGGAAGAAACUUUGCCACGACCUAAGGCCAGCUUUAGUCUGGAAAGCUACUCGCACGUCCACGGUAUAAAGGAGUAAAAGCAAAAACGCACAGUGACAAUGGAGGACCCCAAUACCAGAUACAGCAAACGUCUGCGAACAGGUACGCGGCGACGUUACCAAGAUGACGGAAUCUCUGAUGAUGAAAUUGAAGGAAAGCGAACAUUUGACUUGGAUGAGAAAUUACUGAGUGAGAGGUUCACCUGUGACCUCAUUAAAUACAUGGAUGGAAAAGAUUUUACAUUUGAAUAUAUUCAGAGGGAAGGUCUCAAGGAUCCCAUUGUCUUUAAAAAGUCUGAUGGCCUUGGCAUACAAAUGCCUGAUCCUGACUUUAGUGUGAGCGAUGUGAAGGUGUUCGUUGGUAGCAGACGCAUCGUUGAUGUAAUGGAUGUAAACACCCAGAAAGGAAUUGAAAUGUCAAUGGCUCAGUGGGGGCGCUACUAUGAAACACCGCCAUCAGAAAGGGAGAAACUCUACAAUGUCAUCAGUCUGGAGUUUAGUCACACAAAGUUGGAGAAUCUGGUCAAGCGUCCAGCUUCGGUGGAUCUUAUUGACUGGGUAGACAAUAUGUGGCCACGACAUCUCAAAGAACGGCAAACGGACUCUACUAAUGCUAUUAUUGAUAUGCAUUAUCCUAAAGUACAAAAAUAUUGUCUAAUGAGUGUACAGGGCUGCUUCACAGAUUUUCAUAUUGACUUUGGUGGCACUUCAGUUUGGUACCACAUUCUUCGAGGGAGAAAGGUAUUUUGGCUUAUUCCCCCUUCACCGCAAAAUCUGGAAAUGUAUGAAAAUUGGGUUUUAUCUGGAAAGCAAGGAGACAUAUUUCUUGGGGACAAGUGUCAUGACUGUCAACGGAUAGAGCUGCAGCAAGGCUAUACAUUUAUGAUUCCAUCAGGGUGGAUCCAUGCAGUGUACACUCCAGAGGAUACUUUGGUGUUUGGGGGUAAUUUCCUUCACAGCUUCAACAUCCCCAUGCAACUCAACAUCUACAGCAUUGAAGAUCGUACAAGGGUACCAGCAAAGUUUCGUUAUCCUUUCUACUAUGAGAUGUGUUGGUACGUCCUAGAGAGGUAUCUUUACUGCUUGACAAACACCUCACAUCUCACUCCUGAGUUCCAAAAAUACUCCCUUGGAAUUGGCCUUUCUCCAGAUGAUGUUAAUGGAAAUGAUGCCACAAAUGAAGUUCCCAAUAGCUCUGAAAUUGUAGAUGUCAAGAUGGAGGAGGAAAUGGAUAAAACGGAUGUGGCUGUCCCAGAAACCAAACCCAAGUAUGCGCUGACACCCCUGGAGCUAGAGGGACUGUGGAACCUUCUAGGGAAGCUCGAGGAGCUACCAGCCCAUAAGAAGUGUGUCCCUGCAGGAAUCGAGAAUGCUGAAGCAUUGCUUCAAGAUAUGAGGGAUGUUUUACUGCAGCAUGCAGACGAUGACCCUAAACUGUCUUACACUGGCGAGCCCAUUGUCAAGUGGCCAAAAAGGCCAUCAUGGUACGAGCCCCCCCUCCCUCCCCCUCCACCGUCUGUAUUAUACCGCCCUCGAUUGGGUCCCUCUGGCCACAAGACGAGACGUUCCACCAAACGAUCCAUAUCUGCCCUGCGGCGCAGACGGGUGAGGUGUAAACGUUGCGCCGCAUGCCGCAGGAAAGAGUGUGGCUCCUGCCAGUUUUGCCAUGACAUGAGGAAGUUUGGCGGCCCUGGGCGCAUGAAGAAAAGCUGUGUCAUGAGGCAGUGCUUGGCUCCUGCUUUGCCUAACACGGCAAGAUGUGCCAUAUGUGAAGAAGGUGAACCGGAAGAAUCUAAUCCAAGCACUCACACACUCAUGGAGUGCUCAGUUUGUAAUAGCAUUGUUCAUCCACGGUGUAUCAAGGAACCAGGUGAAGGAAAAAUCAGUAAAGAUUUGCCCAGUUGUUGGGAGUGUCCAAAGUGUUACCAAGGCAAAGGCUCAGCAUCAGAGUCAUCUAGUGAUGAGGAAAGUGGUGAAUCUGAAGGCUCCAACUCUUUGCCUGGAGACGUUACUCGUGGAGGUGAAGCUAGCAAAAGGAUGAGACGUGGGAAACCUGCGCCCCGUCCAACAGCGCCCCCUCCCUCUCAGAGGCUACUUCUCCAGCAUCAGCAGAGUCGAAAAAGAGCCAGUGCACUGGAGCUUCAGCUCAGAAAGCGGAUCAAGUUGGAGAGAAGCAAACUAAUGGCGCAAAAACGAGUCGCCCUUGAGCGUUCAGGCUCUAGAUUGCUGUCCAGGUUGCGAUCUCCAAACAACAGACAUUCCCUGGGCAGGGGUCGGGGAAUAACCUGGGAGAGUGGCUCCUCGUUCCCCACCACAGCAGCAGCAGCGACUGGGGCACUGGAGAAGCCAUCCUCUUUGAAUGGGACUGUGAGUUCUAAAGGCCGAGGCCGUGGAGUGAGGUUGCGAGGUGGAGCUGUAGGAAGAGGGUUUCAUUCCAGAGACCAUGGACCUGUAGAUGACAGUGAAGACAGCAGCAGCAGUAGCAGCUCCAACAGCAGCAGUACGGAGGAGGAGGAAGAGGAGGAGGAAGAGGAAGGAACACAAAAUGGCUCUCCAGGAGGAGAUAAAGAGAACCAGCCGCAAACGAGGACAGAGAGAUUGACAACCAAAGACCUGGAAGAUGAAAAAGACAACCAAAUCUGUGCAUUCAAUUAUGAGGAGCAGUUGGAGCAAGAUACCCAAACUGAAAAUAAAGAUGGCUUUAACAAAGUGACUCUACAAGUACCAAGCAGGGCUAAGCAAGACCCAUCGGCCAUUGUUCCUAAAUUGGAAGCUAUUGCCUCAACUACUACUUCAUUAAUACGCAACCAGAUUAAAGCUCUUCCUCGGCCACCCAUCCGACGUCCUGAUAUCCAGACCAGCAGGCACACGCCACCGCUCACACGCAGUGGUCGUGUGUGUACUCACAAAACUCGCCAAGAGAGGGUGGAGGCCUCUAAAAGAAUAAAAGAGUGUAAACUCGUUAAACUUGGCCGUGGGGGAUCAGCUUCUUCGUCUGCUGAUCAUCCUCGCAUCCCUCUGUCGGCUCUGCAGGAAGGUGGCAGUGAGGCAGACCGAGAGAGCAGUGGUAACGGGCCGGCCUGUGAAAGGGAGGUGUGGGUGUCUGUCUUCCGCUACUUAAGUCGAGCAGAUUUAUGCGUCUGCAUGGCUGUCUGCAAAAACUGGUACAAAUGGUGCUUAGACAAACGGCUUUGGACAAAAAUUGAUCUCAGCAUCAAGCCCAGUGUCACUCCUCAGGCACUUAUAGGUAUAAUAAAAAGGCAGCCUGUCACACUAGAUCUGUCUUGGACCAACAUUUCCAAAAAGCAGCUUAACUGGCUUAUUGGUCGCUUACCUGGUCUUAAGGACCUAAUGUUGGCAGGUUGUUGUUGGGCAUCUAUUUCUGCUCUUUGUUCGCCUGGUUGCCCUCUCCUCCGUUCAUUAGACCUGCGUUAUGCAGAUGGAGUCAAAGACGCUCAGAUCAGGGACCUGACUACCCCACCAGGUUGUGAUAACCGCAGUCCACUUCGCACCAUUCAGAUUUUAAGAUUGUCUGGUUUGGACAUCGGUGACUCGACGGUGCGCCUCGUAAUCCGCCACAUGCCUCAGUUAACAAAACUUGACUUUUCCAACUGCAACAGUCUCUCAGACCACUCCAUUAACCUGCUCACUGCAGUGGGCUCGUCCACGCGAAACACCCUCACAGAACUCAACCUAGCAGGCUGCAGUAAACUGUCUGACACAUGCCUCAAGUAUCUCCGCCGUCUUGCCUGCAUCACACUGCUCGACUUGCGGGGCUGCAAAGGUGUCUCCCGCAAAGCCUGUGAAGAAUUCAUCUCUGAGCUGUCUGUCAACACCCUCUACUGUCUGUCAGAUGAAAAACUGAUUGAGCGGAUAUCUUAACCUCCUGCCGUGCCAUGUCAGAUUCACAGGUGACAAUGCUGCACAGAAAAUACCAGAACAUUACAGAAGCCUGUUGGACACACAAGACGCAUCACCUCGCUCUUGCAUCUACACGGUGUAAAAGGAGACUAAUUUAGGAGCACUUACAUUGGUCUUGGUGCAGGGGUAACAGCUAGAACUGGAUUUUUUUUUCAGAGGUAUAUAGUUUUCACUUUUGUACUUAAAAUACUCAGGAGCUUAGUUUUUAUAUUGAGAAUGAUAUUAUAAAAACUGGUGCCGGAAGCAGAACUUUUAUUUACCGUUACUAGAGUUCACAUCUUCCCUGACCAUCCAAGUUCCCAUUCAUCAUUGAUACCAUUUGAGUGUUCCAUUUCAAACCACGCAAAGAUCUGGCAUUAUCUUCUGUUGGUUUGAAGAUUGUUCUGUGCUCUCACAUGUAUCAUGCAACUUUAUACUAAGUGGGUUCUGGCUGCAUUUUGUGGUGUUGGUCAUGUCAGUUUUAUAGGAAAUCAUUCUAAUUUCUCAUCAAUAACUUGUGCAUUAAAACAUUAUAGAGGAUUAGUCAUUGUUAAAGUUUAAACAUACAACACUGAAAAUCACAGAACAAGUGACAAGGCAAUCGAAGGCAACGCGAGACCUCAACCCAAAAGUGGAAGUUAAGUGUACGGAAUAAGCCAAGAACUGUCGGAAAAUGUGCAUUUUCAACAACCUUUUUCAGGUGCUACAAUUUCUCAACUCCUCCGUUUUGUACAACUUAAGACUAAUGUCCUCACCACCAAUUUUUAUAUAUUUUUAUUUGGUAAGUGGUUGUACCUGGUUUUCAGUUUGAAUAAAUGCUAAGUGCAGUUUUCGUUUGGAAAUUGUUCCUUUUGUUUUCAGUAUAGUGUUUCUGUAUUUAAGGUGAUGGACUGCUCUCUUGGCCAUAUUCUUUAAACAAAUAUGAAUAUAUUGUACAAAGGUAUACUUUUGUGUAAAUCUGUUUUACUUAGAGUAUCAAACGGGAAUCUUGUAGCAUUGUAAUUAUUUUCCAAUGCAUUUUUCACUUGUGUUAUUUGUGUUAUUUUUCAAAUAAAAUAAAACAAAAGU